UCAACGAUGGCAACGAUGGACGAGACAGAAACGCAGAAGUCUGCUGUAGUUAAGAGGGAAUGAAAAGGGAUGACUAGCAUUUACUUCGCGUUAUUCCAACACAUGCUGAUCUCACCGAAGACAUGGUGAGAGCAUCGGGUUUACGACACGCGUGCUCGCUUCCAUGCGCGCGAAAUUCAACUGAUCGAACGUUCGCAGCUGUAAACCAUCGAUGUCAAAAAUUGGUAGAGACAAACAUGCAUUAUUAAGAAAAAAAAUUGUUGUCUCAUGAGGAACGAUUGGAAAAACGAUUGAAAAAAUUGUGUUUUUCACGAGCUUUUCAAGCAGUUUCUGUAUCGAAAAGCGGCGGACAGGGUACCGACGAUCCGUGCUACAUUCGGGUCUGUCAAUCGACAAGGGUAAACGCUUGUUUUUCCUAAUCUACUGGGUGAUUUUCACCGAUAUAGAAACUUAAUAGAAAAUAUGAUGAUAGCUGCUGCUCGACACGACAUCAACGGCUAUGAUAAGAUUCGCACGUGAGAAUCAAGGUGAUAUGUGUGUAAUAUAUCUGUUGGAUUGAUUUCAAGUGAGCUUUAAAGUGCGUAAAGAUCGAAUAAUCAAGACCUGAACUGAAAUAAUUGCAAUAUAGAAGAAGUUGCACCGUAUUGGUUCACAAGAUGGGCUAUAUUGUAUAGCAGGUUGAAAUUAAUCAAUAAUAAAUAAAAUAUGAUUGAGCCACAAUAUUUGUGAUGCAUUCAAUUGUAAGGGUAUUUUUGUAAGGAUACCUGUUUGUAGAGCAUGGCUACGGGGUACAGUGAUGAGAACUCUGGUUCAUUACCCUCAACGGAAGAUUUGCCUGGACCCGCAGCAACUUAUGGGGCUAAUCAUUUCGAACUUCUAUUUAGCACAGAUGUGCGUAAAUUAAGACAGCUCUCAAAAGAGCAAAUGGUCGACUUGCUUCUAGCUCAAGCGCGCACUUUAAAAAAAAGGCGAUCAGGAGGUUCCGACAGGUUCCAGGAGGAUCAAGCUCAAGAUGAUGAUGCUGACACGGCAGGAUCGCCAAAUAAAAAGACCAAACAGGAAGGAAAAUUUGAUUUUUCCAAGUACAAAUUUCGGCAUAUAGCUUUGAAAUUUCUUUACCUUGGUUGGGAUUAUCAAGGACUCUGUGUUCAGGAGGACAACGAGAAGACGAUUGAAGCUAUUCUCUUUAACGCCCUCAAUCGAACAAGACUCAUUGAGUGUCGCGAGAAAUCGAAUUACCAUCGAUGUGGUCGUACUGAUAAAGGCGUUUCGGCAUUUUGUCAGGUUAUCUCAUUAGAUGUGCGCAGUAAUUUGCAACAUGGCGAAGGACUAAUUAUGCCUGCCGUCUACGACUCUAAUCGAGCAAAACAUACGAAUAUUGAGUUAGACUAUGUUGCGAUCUUAAAUCGAGUUUUGCCCAAAGAAAUACGCGUGAUUGGCUGGGCUCCAGUAGAAGAAAAAUUUUCUGCGCGUUUUGAUUGCAAAAUGCGCAUGUAUAGGUACUUCUUUCCGAAAGGGCAGCUCAAGAUAAAUGCUAUGCGCGAAGCUGCUUCAUAUCUUGUGGGCGAAAAUGACUUUCGUAAUUUCUGCAAGAUGGAUGUAGGCAAUGGCGUUACCGAGUUUACUCGAAGAGUAGAGAAAGCUUGGAUUGAAGCACCUGAAGGUUCCGACGGUGACCCCUCGACUAUGUGCUGCUUUUGUAUUCGUGCUAAUGCAUUUUUAUGGCAUCAGAUACGUUGCAUUGUAGCCGUCUUAGUACUCGUCGGAGAAGGUAACGAAUCGCCAUCAAUCGUCGCUGAGCUGCUGGACGUAAAAAAGCAUCCACGAAAACCUCAAUAUUCUCUAGCGUCGGAAGUGCCGCUGUGUUUGUACGAAGCGGUCUACGAUUCCGUCAAAUGGGUUCACAACAGAGGCGAGAUUAGCAAACUUAUGGACCAGCUGCAGCGUACUUGGGCAAUGCUCUCUAUCAAAGCCACAAUGAUCAGCUCUAUGCUCAAUGAUUUGACCACACUCAUCGGUUAUCGUCCCACAACUCAUGCUGAUCCACUCCUACCAGGAGUGAGGCCUCGACAGUACAAGCCGCUUCUGGCUCGGCCCAAGUGCGAAACUCUUGAGAAUCGCAUUGCGUAUUUCGAAAAGAAAAAACAAAAGCAAAUGGAAAAAAACCAACGUGAAGCUAAGGCAAAAUUGACGGAAAUGAAACCCAUAGAUAUUAGUGAAAGUGACCUUGAUAUACCACAUGAUGGGCAAAUUGAUUUAAAACCCAAACAUAUACCAUUGCUAUAGGUGUGUUAAGCUACACUUACCGUAAGUCUGCAUCGUUGUGUAUCGAAAAUCUUCCGUAACUCCCGUUCGUGCCUUAACUAUAUUUGAACGGGCAAGAUAUUGGUGCUUGAUGGUAAACAAGGAAAAUCUAAAUGUUUAGAUUUAGUCAGUGUCUCUAUAAAACAUAAACGCGUAGAAAUGUACAUACAUAGACCAAUCAGCAUCAUUAUUGAAUAUGUAUUUAUGCACAAAAUUAUCUAUCUCAUUUUUAUCUGGUUGCAAGCUUUUGAUUAAAUGCGUUAUGGAAUAUUUAUUCCUUUAGAUUUUUUUGUUAUCCUCUGUGUUAGCAGUGAGAUAAAAACGGGAUAUGCAACAUUGUGGACCUUACAGGGUGCAUAGAUAUUGAAAGAGUCAACAACGGAACAAUCCAGCUUAAACGCUUAGAUUUGUCUGACUAUUUUUUAACAUAUCUAGCAUUCCCGAUAAUCCUAAGGUGGUGCGACUACUCUCGUAAAUGUUUGUUGUCGAAGCAUUGAUUACUGAUUCUUGAUCAGAAUUGACUCCCGAUGUACUUCUUCUUUAUUUUUCCUGGAACGCUGCCUUAUCCGUGAUUACUUUCAAUCAAAAAAAUUAGGUGUAUUUGUUAGAUAUUUCCACGGAAACGAAGAUCAUAUACAUUUCCAUCCAAAAAAUAAACAUUUUUAUCUAAAAAAUGUUUUAAAAGCAGUCGAAAAAAAAGCUGUAAUUCUGACCAAGCUGUGAAAACCAAUAUCUAAAGGACCAUUGAGAAGGUUAGCUACCUAUCUAAGCUAGAAUCUUCACCAUGUAAUAAGUAAAAACAGGCCAUGUUUAGA